UCAAGACAUCUCAUAUUGCGUAAUCUCCUUUGGAAAAUUAGAGAAACAUGAAGUCAACAGAUGACUAGCGGACAGGAUAGAAAAGAGUGGAUGUAUCGUUCAUUUUCAAGUGUUACAAGGCGAGAAGUGUUUUUGGGGAUUUGAAGUGAGGACGGGCGGGCUCAUGACUUGUAGGCUCUAUAAUCUUCAUUGGAAUUAAGCUAAAGUCGCCAAAAUCUCCCGCUAAGAGGAACUGAAUAACAUCAACAUGCUAGUUCACUGCAGAGCGGUGCUGUUUUUCGUUGCCAUGUACGAAAUCUGUGGAAGAAUUGUUACCAAGCGCGAAGAGGGAUGGGAGUUGGAGGAUUAUUUGGAUAGUGAGGAUCCGAACUGGCCGUCAGGGGAUUAUGAAAAUCUCUCUGCGUUUGAUGAGAUUUGGAAAGCAAAUGAAGCCGAGGACGUUACUGACUUACUGGAAGGUGAUAUAAAAACUGAUCUUGAUUCAAAAAAUGCCACCGAUGAGGAAAAGAUUAAUGAUGCAGUACGAAGCCGACAGUAUACGUGGCGAACGAAGGUCGUUCCCUACGAAAUCUCUAAAGAGCUUGUGUCAUCUGGCUACAUGGCAAAUAUUCGAGCGGCAUUUUCUGAGUUUGAGAAGUACACCUGCAUCAAAUGGAAGCCAAGAGGAAAAGAGAAAUAUUGGGUCAGGUUCAUCAAGGGUAAAGGGUGUUGGUCACCAGUCGGCUACAGACGAAAAUCACCUCAAUUAAUUUCGCUUGGAAAUGGUUGCAACCAAAAAGGCAUCAUCUGUCAUGAAAUGAUGCAUACUCUUGGGUUCUACCACGAACAAGGUCGACCGGACCGAGACAAAUACGUGGCAAUUUACUGGGAAAAUAUUCAAUCUGGAAAGGAACACAACUUUAAAAAGCAAAGUGAGGAAGACCUUGAUCCUUUGAACGCACCGUAUGAUACGAGCAGUAUCAUGCAUUAUGGGAAAUACACGUUCAACAAAAAUGGCAGACCUACAAUUGAAGUUAUCGGUAAACCUUAUAAAAUGAUUGGACAGCGGUUUGGAUUCAGUAAAACGGAUAUUGAACAGUUAAACGCUCUUUAUGACUGCUCUAAUGACGCAACAGGCGGCUGGAGUUCGUGGACAAGUUUUGGUCCCUGUUACAAGCAUAAUUCCAAAUGCCUUCAUGAUCGCCAGAGAUACUGUUCGAACAAGAAUAGAGAUAAGUGUCCCGGUGCAAACAUGUAUGGUGUACAGACUCAGACAAAGCCAUGUCCACAUAGCUGCUCCUCGCCAGUUGACGGCCACUGGGGUCGUUGGUCUUCAUGGUCACCUUGCAGUGAAACAUGCGGUUUUGGGACCCACACUAGAACAAGAAAAUGUAACGAUCCACCUCCAAAGUAUGGUGGGGAGGAAUGUGCUGGAGACAGGACAGAUGUUGGCAAGUGUCUUGUGACAGUUUGUGGUCUUGGUCCAUAUGAUGUUUCAUUUGAGUCAGAAGGGAUGCAUGGCUGGAAAUUGUGCGAAUCGCAUGAAGAGAAAAAUCGUCCAAAUUGGUAUUUUAGUAGGGGAAUAACGGGAUCACCUUACACAGGACCUAUUAAAGAUCAUACUACGGGCUCAGGACGAUAUAUAUUUUUUGAAGCAUCAGCCCCGGCCAGGAAUGGUGACGUCGCCUGCUUUCACAGCCCUAAGAUUCCUUCAACAACUUGUCAGCGAUUGACGUUUUGGUAUCAUAUGUACGGAGCUCAAAUGGGAACCCUGAGGGUUCUAAAGAAGACUGUGGAUGGAGAAGCGACAACCCUGUGGAAGAGAUCCUUCAUGCAGGGAACGAACUGGAUGUUCGCUAACGUAGAAAUUUAUUGCAAAGAGAAAUUUCAGAUUUAUUUUGAGGGUAUCCGUGGUGCAGGUUUCAAAGGUGACAUUGGUAUCGAUGACGUAAAGAUUAAAGACUGCAGCGAUUAGCCAACCAAAGCUAGAUGAUG